AAACGAUUCAGUAGGAGAAGUCGUCUUACAUCUCAUAAACGAAAGCACACAGGACAGAAACCAUAUAUAUGCCUGGUGUGUGGAAGGAGAUUCAGUCAGAGUGGUCACCUUACAAGACAUAAAAGAACCCACACUGGGGAGAAACCAUAUACAUGCUUGAAGUGUGGAAGGAAGUUCAGUGGAAGAUCAAGCCUUGUGAUGCAUGUAAGAAUCCAUACAGGGGAGAAACCAUAUAAAUGUACAGAGUGUGGAAAGUGCUUCCGUCAGAGAACUACCUUUAUUUGCCAUAGAAGGAUCCACACAGGAGAAAAACCAUACAAAUGCCUGGAGUGUGGGAAGAACUUCAGGCGAAACUGUCACCUUAUGAAACAUAAAAGAAUUCACACAGGGGAGAAACCAUAUCAAUGCUUGGAUUGUGGAAAGAACUUUAGUGUACGCUCAGAUCUUACAUAUCACAGAAGGAUUCAUACAGGGGAGAAACCAUAUAAGUGUUUGGAAUGUGGAAAGAGCUUCAAUUGCAGCAGUUAUUUUAUUUGCCAUAAAAGGAUCCACACAGGAGAAAAACCAUACAAAUGCACAGAGUGUGGAAAGAGCUUCAGUCAGAAAAAUCACCUUUCGCAACAUCAAAGAAUCCACACAAGAGAAAAACCAUAGCUUGGGAGCUUUAAUCACAAGUGUUUUCUUCUCAUAAAGAGACCCACAUGUGAAAAACACCAGAAAAAUGUGAACUGUGAAAUAACAUUCGGUUGGAAGAAUAGUCUUAUCAGACCUAAAUUAAUCCACAUGGGAGAACCAUAAUAAUGCUUGACGUGUGGAAAUAGGUUCAAAAGGACCACUGCCCUUAUUUCCCAUAGGAGGUCCUAUGAGUGCAGAGAAACUUCCAAUGCCAGCACUGGGCCUUUUUUUCCCAAGAAAACACAUAAAUAGGUGUGUUUGGAUAAGCUUCUUGAACAUUAAACUUUCAGAGUGUAGAAAGAGGAGAAACAGUGUAUUAAGAAAUGGAGCAAAGAAACUAUUUUAAGAGGAUAUGUCUUCUUAAAUAUCAUAAAAGUUCCACUCAGGAGAGAAACUCUAUAAAUGAGUGGAACGUGGAAAGGUUUUGUUUUGUUUUUUCUGCUCAAAUCUUCAGGAAGGGAGUCCCUCCCCACGUUGUUAGACCAACCUUGAGUAUUUUUCGCGAUGUAAGAGAUUGAAACUCAGACUGUUGUAUCGGAGGCCAACGAGGGUUAUAAGAGAGCUCAAGUUAAGUCCCAGGAAAACAGAUUGAAGCAGGUGGGAAUCUGUAGCCUUGUAAAAAAGUCAACCAAAAGGGAUAUAAUAUCCCUGUUGAAGCAUUUAAUUAGUGUCCCAUAGAAGAAAGGAAAGGAUUGUCCCAGAUUGUCCUGCAAUGUAGAAUAAGCGUGUCCGAAUCUGGUCUAAUGGUACAAAAAUGUUGUUAUGAUAGUGGUGCAACUGUCAAUCACUGAACAACUACCUCUGCCAACCCCCCCCCUUAA